UCGCCCCGCCCACCAACCAAGAAGCGGCCAAGCACGGUGACGUGUCGUUGUAGGAGUUGGCGUACCCGCCCUGCGUAGGUCCCGUCCGAGCUCUGGGCGAGUCAGCUGUCUGGAAUCCCGAUGUCGUUUUCAUUCUCACAGACUCCGGUGACCCCUGAGCUCUCCCUCAUCGACCAACUCGGUCUCCAUCAGCAAGUACUUGGUUCGUCAGUCCUGAGCUGAAUGGCUUGUGUGAGGAGGUUACAGAGGACAGAAAAGAGGUGCGCCUGAGAAGCGCCGCACUCAGAAGCGCCACGGUGGAAUCUGGAACCGGACUGUGGGUCCUGGGAACUCACAGGCGGAAGUCACCCAGCCGGAGAGCUGAAAACCCGGAACGCGGAUCUCCUUUCCGCCCCGCCCGGAAACAGCCCGCUGCGCUUGCGGCGCCCGCACUGAGCAUGUGCAUGCGGUGCCGCGCAUGCUCCGUGGAGGCCCGCUUCGGUUUCUGUCGCGGGGCCGGUGGUGUCUCCUAGCGUAACCGGAACUAGCCGUUGCGGGCCGGCCUUCUCUGCGCUCGGGCCUUGAGGUGAUCUCCGAGGCCCCCGCCCCUCCUCCCUCGUCGUCCCCUCGGCUCGGCCGCCCUCCUUUCACAGCCGCCGGCAUGAGCUCCAGGCCGCCCGCGUCGCUGCCAGCGCGAGGCCCGCGGUUGUUGCUGCUGUCGCUGCUCUUGCUAGGGACGGUCCCAGGCCCGCGCCCGGGCAGCGCCUUCUACCUGCCUGGCCUGGCUCCGGUCAAUUUCUGCACCGAAGAGAAGAAGAGCAACGAGUGCAAGGCUGAGAUAGAACUGUUUGUUAACCGGCUUGAUUCAGUGGAGUCUGUUCUUCCUUAUGAAUAUACAGCGUUUGAUUUUUGCCAAGCAUCAGAAGGAAAACGCCCAUCUGAAAAUCUUGGUCAGGUAUUAUUCGGGGAAAGAAUUGAACCCUCACCAUACAAGUUUACAUUUAAUAAGGAGGAAACCUGUAAACUCGUUUGUACGAAAACAUACCAUACAGAGAAGGCUGAAGACAAACAGAAGUUAGACUUCUUGAAAAAAAGCAUGCUACUGAACUAUCAGCAUCACUGGAUUGUGGAUAAUAUGCCUGUUACGUGGUGCUAUGAGGUUGAAGACAAUCAGAAGUUCUGUAAUCCUGGAUUUCCUAUUGGCUGUUACAUUACAGAUAAAGGCCAUGCGAAAGAUGCCUGUGUAAUUAGUUCAGAAUUCCAUGAGAGAGACACUUUCUACAUCUUCAAUCAUGUUGACAUCAAGAUACAAUAUCACGUUGUUGAAACUGGGUCCAUGGGAGCGAGAUUAGUGGCUGCUAAACUCGAACCAAAAAGCUUCAGACAUACCCAUAUAGAUAAACCAGACUGCUCUGGACCCGCCAUGGAUAUAAGCAACAAGGCUUCUGGGGAGAUCAAAAUUGCCUAUACUUACUCUAUUAGUUUUGAGGAAGAGAAAAACAUCAGGUGGGCCUCCAGAUGGGACUACAUUCUGGAGUCUAUGCCUCACACUCACAUUCAAUGGUUUAGCAUAAUGAAUUCCUUGGUGAUUGUCCUCUUCUUGUCUGGAAUGGUAGCUAUGAUUAUGUUACGCACACUACAUAAAGAUAUUGCCAGAUAUAACCAGAUGGACUCUACGGAGGAUGCCCAGGAAGAAUUUGGCUGGAAACUCGUUCAUGGGGAUAUAUUCCGUCCUCCAAGAAAGGGGAUGCUGCUGUCUGUCUUUCUAGGAUCUGGAACACAGAUUUUAAUUAUGACUUUUGUAACUCUAUUUUUCGCAUGUCUGGGAUUCUUGUCCCCUGCCAAUCGAGGAGCCCUGAUGACGUGUGCUGUGGUCUUGUGGGUGCUACUGGGCACACCUGCUGGCUAUGUUGCUGCCAGAUUCUACAAGUCCUUUGGGGGCGAGAAGUGGAAAACAAAUGUUUUAUUGACAUCCUUCCUUUGUCCUGGGAUUGUGUUUGCUGACUUCUUUAUCAUGAAUCUGAUCCUCUGGGGAGAGGGCUCUUCAGCAGCGAUUCCUUUUGGCACCCUGGUUGCCAUCUUGGCCCUCUGGUUCUGCAUAUCUGUGCCUUUGACGUUUAUUGGUGCAUAUUUUGGCUUUAAGAAGAAUGCCAUUGAACACCCAGUUCGAACCAAUCAGAUUCCUCGUCAGAUUCCCGAGCAGUCCUUCUACACCAAGCCUUUGCCCGGCAUCAUCAUGGGGGGCAUUUUGCCCUUCGGCUGCAUCUUUAUACAGCUUUUCUUCAUUCUCAACAGCAUUUGGUCACACCAGAUGUAUUACAUGUUUGGCUUCCUGUUUCUGGUGUUUAUCAUUUUGGUUAUUACAUGCUCGGAGGCAACCAUACUUCUUUGCUAUUUUCAUCUAUGUGCAGAGGAUUACCAUUGGCAGUGGCGUUCCUUCCUCACCAGCGGCUUCACGGCAGUGUAUUUCCUCGUAUACGCCAUACACUACUUCUUUUCAAAACUGCAGAUCACGGGAACAGCAAGUACAAUCCUGUACUUUGGUUACACUAUGAUAAUGGUCUUGAUCUUCUUCCUUUUUACAGGAACAAUUGGCUUCUUUGCAUGCUUUUGGUUUGUCACCAAAAUAUACAGUGUGGUGAAGGUCGACUGAAGAAACCCAGUGUGUCCAGUUAAAACAAAUAAACUAAAUCUUCAUCCACAAAGACCUGUUUUGUGACUCCCUUGAGUUUUCUCAGACUUAUGGCCUAGUAAUCCUUCAGAAACAGCAGACUUCCAAGUACACCUCUCCCCAUGCGCCUGUCCCUACCUACAAGAUGUAUUUCAACACUAAAGCAUUUGUAUUGUGAUUGGAUUAAGUAUAUAUUCAGUUGUUCUCAGUGAAGAGCAAAUUUAAAUAUUAUGUGCAUUUGUAAAUACGGUAGCUAUAAACUUUUCAAUACUUCUAAUGGCAGAUUAGAGGAGGCCAUAAUACUGACGAUACUGGACAGUCGAUUGUACAUAGGGUUUUCUAGACUCGGUAGGUGGAAAGAAUUAUUUUUCUUUGAAGGAAAUAACUUUUUAUCAUGGUAAUUUUGAAGGAUGAUUCCUAUGAUGUGUUCAUUGGGGGGAUGUGGCUUUUAAAAAUCUUGUAUUGGUUGUAAUUGUUCAUAUCUUCUUACUUUUCUGUGUUGACUUCAUUAUUCCCAUGGUAUUGGCCUUUUAAACUAUGUGCCUCUGAGUCUUUGGAUUUAUAAAUUUGUUAUCUUAAUAAAUAUUGUAAAAAUGC